CAGGAUCACUCAACCCCAGGGGAACCUGCACUCAUCUCAUUCCUCCAUCCUCAUACUUCUCAGCCAAGAGCUCCCACCAUGAACGGCCACUGCAACGGCAACGUGAUCGACGUCAUGGAGCGCAUGAAGUCCUCCAUGGUGCUCUGCAAGCACGAGACGUCCCGCAAGGAGUCCGAGGACAAGUCCCGGUUACCGGCGCUGGAGGCUGCCUACACCAGCAUCCUGCGGGAGCUCGGCGAGGACACGGACCGACAGGGGCUGCUGCGCACGCCGCUGCGCGCCGCCAAGGCCAUGCAGUUCCUCACCAAGGGCUACCAUGAGACCAUCGACGACAUCUUGAAUAACGCCAUAUUCGAUGAAGACCACGAUGAGAUGGUGAUAGUGAAGGACAUAGACGUGUUUUCACUGUGCGAGCAUCACCUGGUGCCCUUCUUUGGAAAGGUUCACAUCGGGUAUAUCCCCAACAAAAAAGUGGUGGGACUGAGCAAGCUGGCAAGGAUUGUGGAGAUUUUCAGUCGCAGGCUUCAGGUUCAAGAGCGUCUGACCAAGCAGAUAGCCAUGGGAAUAUCUGAGGCUCUGCAGCCCAAAGGCGUAGCUGUGGUUAUUGAAGCAUCGCACAUGUGCAUGGUGAUGCGAGGCGUCCAGAAGAUGAACAGCCGCACGGUGACGAGCACCAUGCUGGGAGUUUACCUCGACGACCCCAAAACCCGGGAGGAGUUCUUGACUCUUUCGCAGUCCUAACGGAGGUCACCCACCACUGACUCUCACCCCCCCCCCCCCCCCCCCCACUCCCCGCAAUUAUGCUGGAUUCGAGGCCAACUCUGGAUGUCAACCACUCCACACUUAAGCCGGAAAGAUUUCAAUUCCAGUCGCUGAAAUUCACAAUUUGAAAAUCACUGUGAACAGUAAUUGUAGUUCCGCAGUUCCUGGUGCCUUUGCUAGAUAUAUCACAGUCUUACAUGGCAAUUGUUUUUAUAACUCGUGAGUGCAAUGUUGUAAUGUGACAAUACUUCAUAGUUUGAUUUCCUGAUGGGAAAUUCUUUGGUGCUUUUGCAAAGAGAUACUUUCCCAUACUUUGUUAUUGUAUUUAAAAUCAUCCAAAUAUACAAAUAUUUAACAGUCUGUGUCCAUUCCGCACAAAAUUAUGAAGUAUUUGUAAUUUAUGACAAUUUUGUACAUCUGUAAUCCAACGAGUGAUUGAAUAAUGCACUGAGUACAUUUUGCUGUUAUUGCUGAUG